ACCCACAUUCACGUAGACGCACCAGCUUCUUCCAGAAGUUUCCUUGGCCGGCUUCUGUCCAGCGCGGCAGCAACUCUAACACGCAUCGUUACAAACAGAACGGAAUUUUAUGCUGUUUUGUCCACAUUGAAUGACAUUUUCGUCGCCUUCAGAGCAGAAACUUGGCCGCAAGCUGUCACAACAUUAUUGAGGGCAGAAGUGAAGCUGCGGCGGAGCAACUUGACCAACACCUAUGACAUACAGGAUGCUUAGUCGUAGUUGACAAUGUUUUUAUAAAGUCGAAGGAGCUGACUGGUCAUUGUAAUGGGUAAAGAUUACUAUAAUGUGCUAGGAAUAGCCAAAGGUGCGUCCGAAGAUGAGAUAAAAAAGGCGUACAGAAAACAAGCGCUGCGCUUCCAUCCGGAUAAAAACGAGUCUGUCGGAGCUGAAGACAAAUUUAAGGAGAUCGCCGAAGCAUAUGACGUCCUCAGUGAUGCCAAAAAAAAGGACAUUUACGAUCGCUUUGGAGAAGAAGGAUUAAAGGGCUCAGCUGAUGCUGGAGGACACAACGGUCCAAGUUUCAACUACACCUUCAACGGGGACCCUCAUGCCAUUUUCGCAGAGUUCUUUGGAGGCCGCAGCCCAUUUGAUCACUUAUUCUCGCAUAAUGUGGAGGAUGAUAUGGAUAUCAAUAAUCCCUUCUAUCCAUUUGGCAUGGGAGGAAUGGGUGGGUUUCACAGGUCCUUUAAAUCGUACCCAGGAGGCCUUCACAGAGGACACGAGAAAAAGAAGGACCCGCCGGUGGUGCACGAGUUGAAGGUGAGCCUUGAAGAGGUUUUCUCAGGUUGCACCAAAAAAAUGAAGAUUUCUCGCAAGAGACUGAAUCCUGACGGCUGCACCAUUCGCAGCGAAGACAAGAUUUUAACAGUGGACAUCAAACGUGGCUGGAAGGAGGGCACAAAAAUCACUUUUCCCAGGGAGGGGGAUGAAACUCCCACCAACAUUCCUGCAGAUGUGGUGUUUGUGGUCAAAGACAAACCUCACCCUAUCUUUAGAAGAGAGGGCUCAGAUAUAAUUUAUCCUGCAAAAAUAUCUCUUAAAGACGCUUUAUGUGGAUGCACAGUCAGCGCUCCCACUCUGGAUGGCCGGACCAUCUCUGUAACCUCCAGAGACGUUGUUAAACCUGGGACGAAGAAGCGCAUCGCUGGAGAAGGCCUACCUCUCUCAAAGUACCCUGGGAAGAGAGGCGACAUGAUCUUGGAUUUUAGUGUUAAAUUUCCUGAGAACUUGGGCCAAAACACACGCGAUGCGCUUGAGCAAAUUCUUCCCAUGUGACCCCAAAAUCUAACAGUAUUCAAGCUCUGCUGUGUGCAUCACAUUUAUUUGGUCAUUAUACAUAUAUAGUUUUUUUUUUUUUUUUAUUUCCUGAAGGGUUUAAUUUUAAUUGUCAUCAAACCACAUAAACACAAAGGUGUUUUAGGAAGGUUUUGAAAUUGGACCACUUAGAAAAUGAAUCCUGCAAGUGAAGAUUUGGUUUGUGGGCGUGCUUUAAUAUAACAUGCGGCCAGCUGCAGUACCUCAGGUGCAUCGAUGAAUGCUUGAAUGUAGCUGUAGCUGAAUAGAACAAACAUUGAGUGGAUCCUGAGAGAUGUAAACAUUACAGGUGUCAGCAUCUCAUUUAAAUGAUCAACAUUACAUUUCUUUUUCCUUUUUUUGUGUUAAAAUGUGUCAUCAAUAAUUACUACUUGCUUAUGAUGUCACAGUGUCAUUAACUGGCAGAAAAAAAAGUGGCAGAAGUCUACACAAGGCUGACAUGAUACCUGGUUAUGAUCUAGAUGUGCUGACACUAGAUUAAUCUUAAUAAGUCCCACACUGUGUUGCAAAAAUAUUCAUGCAUCCUCUUAGAAGGUUGAGGGUCCUGGUCUCCUGGCCCCAAAACAAACAUCCAGUCGAUCACAGAAAUUUUAUUGGUUUAAAAUGAAAAACCUUUCUACCUGACCGGUGCUAUUUGACAGAAUUUCAGUGGGUGAAAUGUGCACUUUUUACAUAUGUGAAAUAUGUAUUGGAAGAUAUUUUGUGCCAAACCACUGCCCCCAUGUAAAUGAAACGUCUUCAUCUGUGAGUAUCACAGUUGUGUAUCCUGCCGUGUGUGUGAUAACCAUGAAGACUUAAUUUGUACCCUGUUAAAGUAUGAAGUAUGUGUGAUAUUUUUCAUAUCAUAUGUAUUUGAAAACUACGUUCUUGAAUGUGUUACUGUCGCUGUCCAAACUGAAUCAAGAGCCGGUGUGUUUAUUUCUUUUCUUUUUUUUUUUGUUUUUAAACAACUUGAUGCAAAUUUGGGGGUUUUGGUAAAGUAAUACAGAGACUACCAUGUGGGGAAAAUAUUUUCAGCUUUUGAUUUUAACAAUACAGCUUUCACUAUAUUUUAACAUGAUUUUUUUUCCGUCCUUUCCUGUCCUGUGAUCUACAUUUUCACAUUAAAGAAAUGUACAAACAGA